CUAGCUUCAUCCACAAAUUUUAGGCCCCAUAUCAACAUGGCAAACAGGCAUCAGCACAUGGCUUUGCCUAACAAACUCAUCAGCUGCCUCUUGUAUAAAUAAUGCCUCUUUCAUGAGCCUUUUCAUCAUCAAGCACAAGCAUUAUCAAUUCACCCAUCAAAAGUCUCUAAAUUUGUUAUUCCAAUCUUCCCAAAAACAUAAAAAUGGCAAUGAUUAGUACCAAGAAACUCAUCAAAUUGGCUAGGAGAUGGCAGAAGUUUGCAGCCAUGCAGAGGAAGAGGAUUUCAUUUCCAAGAAAUAGUAGUGAUGCAGAAAGUUGUAGUAUGUCCUCAUUGUUUAUAGUUGAAAAAGGACAUUUUGUAGUAUACACAGCUGAUCAAGCACGCUUUGUCAUUCCAUUGGUUUACCUUGAAAAUGAAGUUAUUAGGCAACUCUUGAACAUGUCUGAAGAAGAAUUUGGGCUUCCGAGUGGUGGCCCUAUUAUAUUACCCUGUAAUUCAGCUUUCAUGGACUACAUCAUUUCGCUAAUCAAAAAAGGCGUAGAUGCAGGAGAUCUUCACAAAGCGUUGCUCCUAUCAGUUCCUUCUUGUUGCUGUUCGACUUCUUCUUUGCACCAAGAAAGUGGAAACCAACAGCUUCUUGUUUGUUGAGUCAUAAUCAACAUUUUUUUAAAUACAUGCUAGCUCAAAAUAGUUUUUAGAUAGAGCAUAGACUGAAGAACACAAUUGUAAAGUGCGUCAUACAGAUUGAAUGUUAUUUUAUCAGAGAUAAUUCAACAUAUCCACGGCUUUCACUUUUACAUUUGGUUAUGAGAAGACUUAACAAUCUAAUCCUGGAUUGGUACCUCUUAUGUAUUAACACCACUAAGAUAUCAAUUCUUCAUUCAAAG